AUGGCAAAACCCUCUUCUGGAACCGUCAAUCCUCACAGCCGCACCGGAGUUCGUAUUGUCGUCGCCGGAGACCAAGGCACGGGAAAAUCCAGCCUCAUCAUCACCGCUGCCGCUGAUAACUUUCCGGUUAAUGUGCCGCCUGUCUUGCCUCCCACGCGCUUGCCUGAAGAUCUCUAUCCGGAUCGUGUACCUAUCACCAUCAUCGACACCUCCUCCCGUGCCGAGGAUAGUGAUAAAGUUGCUGAAGAAUUGCAGCGGGCUGACACAGUUGUCCUUACAUAUGCAUGUGAUCGACCUGAGACACUUGAAAAUCUGAAUAUAUUUUGGCUUCCACAUCUUCGCAAAUUAGAGGUGAAAGUUCCAGUUAUCGUAGUUGGUUGUAAGCUUGAUUUGAGAGAUGAAAAUCAGCAGGUGAGCCUAGAACAGGUGAUGUCACCGAUCAUGCAACAGUUCCGAGAGAUUGAAACUUGCAUUGAGUGUUCAGCAUCUAGGCAUAUUCAGGUUCCCGAAGUUUUCUACUAUGCACAAAAGGCUGUUCUUCAUCCAACUGCUCCAUUAUUCGAUCAAGAGUCACAAACUCUAAAGCCUCGAUGUGUGCGAGCCUUGAAGCGAAUUUUUAUUCUUUGUGACCAUGAUAGAGAUGGUGCCCUUAGUGAUGCUGAGCUGAAUGAUUUUCAGGUUAAAUGUUUCAAUGCUCCUUUGCAACCAUCAGAAAUUGUGGGUGUAAAGAAGGUUGUACAAGAAAAAAUGUCUGAAGGGGUGAAUGAACGUGGGCUUACUUUGACUGGAUUCCUAUUUCUUCAUGCCCUUUUCAUAGAAAAAGGGCGUCUUGAGACAACAUGGACUGUGCUAAGGAAGUUUGGAUAUAAUGAUGAUAUCAAGCUUGCCGAUGAUCUAAUUCCACCCAUAAAACGUGCUCCUGAUCAGAGUGUGGAGCUUACAAAUGAAGCAUUGGACUUUUUGAAGGCAAUUUUUGAUGCAUUUGAUGGUGAUGGGGAUGGAAUGCUACGAUCUCGUGAACUUGAAGAAUUGUUUUCUACUGCCCCUGAAAGUCCUUGGACUGGAACUCCAUAUGAGGAUGCUGCAGAAAAAAAUGCAUUUGGAGGACUAUCACUAGAUGCAUUUUUGUCAGAGUGGGCACUUAUGACUCUUCUUAACCCAACUUUUAGUCUGGAGAAUCUGAUUUACAUUGGUUAUCCUGGUGAUCCAUCAUCUGCUAUCCGUGUAACUAGGAGGCGGCGUUUGGAUCGCAAGAAGCAACAUUCAGACAGAAAUGUUUUGCAGUGCUUUGUUUUUGGGCCUAGGAAGGCUGGCAAAUCUGCAUUAUUGAAUUCUUUUAUUGGAAGGCCAUAUUCUGAAAGUUACAAUCCAACCACUGAAGAUCGUUAUGGUGUAAAUGUUGUUGAUAUUUCUAUGGAAAACAAAAAAUAUCUUGUGCUGAGAGAGAUUCCAGAAGAUGGAGUUAGGAAGCUCCUGUCUAAUAAGGAGUCUUUGGCCUCGUGUGAUAUUGCAGUUUUUGUUCAUGACAGGUUUGAUGAAUCCUCAUGGAGAACAUCAUCUGAACUCUUGGUUGAAAUUGCUAGUCAUGGUGAAGAUACUGGCUAUGAGGUGCCCUGCUUGAUAGUUGCAGCUAAAGAUGAUCUGGAUUCAUUUCCAAUGGCUAUACAGGAGUCAACUAGGGUUAGUCAAGACAUGGGAGUAGAGGCUCCUAUACCAAUCAGUGUGAAGUUAGGAGAUUUCAACGGUCUAUUCCGGAAAAUAGUAAUUGCUGCUGAGCAUCCUCAUUUAAGCAUUCCUGAAACUGAAGCUGGAAGAAGCCGCAAGCAAUACCACAGGCUAAUUAAUCGAUCUCUAAUGGCUGUUUCAGUUGGAGCUGCAGUGGUCGUAGUUGGGCUGGCAGCUUACAGGUUUCUCUCUCAGACUCCGCCGUCACUCAGUCUCCGCCGUCACUCAGAAGCAUUCCUGGCAGUUUCUCUCUCAGUCUCCGCCGUCACUCAGAAGCGUUCCUGGCAGUUUCUCUCAGUCGCACUGACAGCAUCGCUAGGUUUAAUGGCGAUGCCUUUGGAUAAUGUUGAUUCAAUGAUUGAUGAUGAAAGGGAAGAUAUGGGUGAAGAAAUGUCAUCAUCUGAAUCAGAGCAGGACGAUGUAAGAUUAGUUGAGCCAUCUAAAAAUGCAGUUUAUAACAGAGAUGCUAUAUUAGAUAAACUUGGAGAUAUCAGUUGGCCAGAGAAUGUGGAAUGGAUACACAAACUAUCCAUUGAUCUUGAUCUGGAGCAAGAAGUAGAUGUCAAUGAUGAUUUGGCACGAGAACUUGCAUUUUAUACACAGGCAUUGGAGGGAACUAGGCAGGCCUUUGAGAAACUUCAGUCAAUGGGUCUACCUUUUCUGAGACCUUCAGACUAUUAUGCUGAAAUGGUAAAGACAGAUGGACAUAUGGAAAAAGUUAAAGGUCGGCUAUUAGCAGAGAAACGAAAGAUGGAAGAGGCUGAAGAGAGAAGAAAGGCCAGGGAGGCCAAGAGAUUGGCUAAAGAGAUCCAGGCUCAGAAAUUAAAAGAAAGGGCUAAGCAGAAGAAGGAAGAUAUAGAAUCUGUUAAGAAAUGGAGGAAGCAGAGGCAACAAAGUGGAUUUUCUGACACUGGCAAUGAUGCAGAUGCAGCUUUUGACUUUGAGGAUGGAAAAGUAUUUCAGAGGUCCAAUAAGAAAAGACCAGGAGUGGCUCCAGGGGAUAGGUCAGGAGGGAAGGCAAGGCAGGCGUUUGGUAAAGGAAAGAAACAAAAGAAAAGAGAUAUUAAGAAUUCCAAAUUUGGUUUUGGAGGCAAGAAGGGGUUGAAAAAGCAGAAUACUGCUGACACCACCAAUGACUACAGUAAAUUCAAGAAGCGUGCUGUCUCCGAAAACAAGAAGAGAAAGAGGCAAAGACAAUCUCUUUUUUGUUGUACGUCUUGA